AUGACUCGCCGAAGGGAAACCGCCGAGCGUAAGUACUUUCUCGGCUCGUUGAAGCUUUUUUCGGAAAGUCGGUGGCUCUACGAGGAUCCAGUUACCAAAUUACUUCUUCGCGGUCAUCUGGACAACUUUCCGGAAGGAUGGCUGGAAGCCCUGAAAGACUUAGAUUGCCGUGAGCUAAACGAAUUUGUCGUCAAAAAGACGACGAAGGAAUUCUGGCCGAAAUCGCUAAAUGACUUUGUUGAAGCCUGCAGUGACGUCGACAAGUUGAACUACAAAAAGUCAAGUCUAGAAUUAAAUAUCGAAUUGUCAAAGCAAUGCUUCAGGGGUUUGAGUCCGAAGAAAUGGCACGAAAUUUGUCACUUGACGCAAUUGGUACACGAACAAUGCUCCUUACAGGGCAUCGAUGUGAUCGUCGAUCUUGGAGCAGGAUUGGGGUACAUCUGCCAAUUACUACACGAAUUAUACGGUUACCGGGUCCUGGGCUUAGAAGCAAGCCCAAGGAACACCGAAAGUGCAAAGGGCAGGCAAGAGAAAUACCACCCUUUAUCGAGAAAUGCUGUGAAAUUUGUUUGCUGCAAGGUAAACGAGAACUCCAUCGAGAUAAUAGAAUCUUUACUGCGGGAGCAUUUUGAAGAAUGUCAGAAUGUCGGUUUAAUCGGUCUUCACGCCUGCGGAGAUCUUAGCGUCGACGCCUUAAAAGCGUUCUCCAAAAUGGCGGCGGCGCGCCUCUUAGUUCUAAUGUCUUGUUGCUACCAUAAAAUGGCCCCCGCGGAAACGGGGGAAUUCUUUUGCCACUUCCCGCUCUCCGUGGAGCUUCGAGAGGCUUUAGAGGAAUUCGGGAAAAGUGGUGGGAUGUUUUUGGAGAGGCCAUUUUUGAGAUUAGCUUGUCAGGAAUCGGCUGAGAGGUGGAACGACGCUUCCGAAGAAUUGCACCGUAAACAUGGCUUUCACGUUCUUGCCAGAGCCGUCCUCGAAUUGUAUGCCCAUAAAGAAGGAUUUCGGUUGGAGAAACGAGUUCAAAAGGGGACGAGGAAAAGUCAGUGCGCGGACUUCGAAACAUAUCUUCUGGAUUCCUUAAAACGAUACAGAUUUAAGCAAUUUACUGGGGAUAUCGAACAGGUAGCGGAAGGAGCUGCAUUUAAGGAAAGAGUAAAAGUGGACGGGAAAUCCCUAUGGGACAAGAAUUCGGAGAAAAUCGAAGCUGCCGAAGCGUACACGGCCCUACAGAUGCACCUGCAGAGCCCAGCGGAAUCGUUAAUUUUAAUGGACCGAAUCUGUUGGUUAAACGAGCAAGGAAAAUAUUACUCGCAGUUGCAGCGGUAUCAGCGCCAUUAUGAAAACAAGAAGCGGAAGAAGAAGAAUAAGAAGGAACGAGAGAUACGUGACUACGUUGAUGAUAACGAAAGUGGCGACGACGAUAACGGCGAUCGACACGAGGACAAAUAA